UUUACAUUUUAUUUGAUCUUGAUAAGUUUCUUUUCCUUUAAAAAAUAUAAUUACAAAAUACACAUAACAAUUCCUUUCCCUCUCUACUUUCUCUCUCUAGGUCUCCGUAUCAGCUGCAGCUCUGCAACCCUCCAUUUUUGUCCCUCUUUGGUUUCUUGAUUCUUCGAAUUUCUUUUCUCCAAAAUAAAGGCAAAUUUUGUAGAAAAAAUUAGCGAAUUCCAAUCAUUUGGUGCUUUGAUUCUUACUUUAAUUUAUUUUCCCGUAAUUUGGGGUAGAAAAGAGAGGGAGCUGCCAAAUUUCGUAUACAUUCUGAAAUAAUUUUGAAGUUAUUUGGAUGCAAGUGAAAACUCCGCACGCGAAAAUGAUGAAUUCAUCGUUUUCUCCUCACCCCAUUUCAAUUUGAUGAAGUGACGGAGGUUUUGUUUUCUGGACAAGAUAAUGGUGACGUGUUUAGAUGGAGUGAAGCAUAUACUUUCUACUGUAGUAAAUUGCUGUGAGUCUGGUAUUAACAAGCAACCUAGGGGACUCGGAAAUCCUGAAGCUCUAGCUAGAGAGACCGUGUUCAGUGUAAGCGAAAUCGAAGCACUAUAUGAAUUGUUUAAAAAGAUCAGCAGUGCUGUGAUAGACGACGGGCUGAUUAACAAGGAAGAGUUCCAGCUAGCGCUGUUCAAGACAAACAAAAAGGAGAGCCUUUUUGCUGAUAGGGUAUUUGACCUGUUUGACACGAAGCACAAUGGAAUACUGGACUUUGAAGAGUUUGCACGUGCCCUCUCGGUCUUUCACCCACAUGCCCCAAUUGACGAAAAGAUUGAUUUUUCAUUCCAAUUAUAUGAUCUCAAGCAGCAAGGAUUCAUUGAAAGACAAGAGGUAAAGCAAAUGGUGGUGGCAACACUGGCUGAAUCUGGCAUGAACCUUUCAGAUGAUGUUAUCGAGAGUAUCAUUGAUAAGACGUUCGAGGAAGCUGACACUAAGCACGACGGGAAGAUUGAUAAAGAAGAGUGGAGGAGCCUCGUUCUUCGCCAUCCGUCACUUUUAAAGAAUAUGACCCUUCAAUACCUCAAAGACAUAACCACCACAUUCCCGAGCUUCGUGUUUCAUUCCCAAGUCGAUGAUACGUGAGAUUUGGAAGGCAAGUUCAUUGUUGCUAAAAAGACUAUGGGUUUCUUCGUGGGUGUUUUGCGUUAUAUAUA